AUUGGAAUUUUGCUUAAGGCUUCUUAGUAGUCAUUUUGACAAAGGGUAGCUGAUACUUGGUACAGGUACUUUUAGUACCUCUACAACAAAUGGGAUAGAUGUGUUUGCAUAUUGAAUAAAUUAACAAGAUAGUCAAGUUUUGCAUUACAAAUGGUUUUACAAAUUUGCUUAAAUUUCUGUUUUCACUCUUACUGAAAUGCAUCAUACUGCGUUUCUUCAUGUGGUGAUUUGGUCUAGCUUUUGCGGGGAGUGGGGCUCUAAGAUACAGAAAAUGAUAUGCUUAAAUUUUUUAUUGUAAUUAUUGUGCUUGUGUUUUACUCAGUUUUAGGAGGAAGAUCUGUUUCUUCUGGUUCAACUGGAAUAGUCCACCUUCUGGAGGGUUUUCAGAAUUUAACAAGCAUCAAACUGAGCUCCCAACCCCCGAUACAGACUGGGGAUGAUGAAAAGAACCAGAGGACCAUCACUGUCAACCCUGCCCACAUGGGGAAGGCGUUCAAGGUUAUGAAUGAACUGCGGAGCAAACAGCUAUUGUGUGAUGUGAUGAUUGUGGCAGAAGAUGUCGAGAUAGAAGCCCACCGUGUGGUCCUGGCAGCCUGCAGCCCCUACUUCUGUGCGAUGUUCACAGGUGACAUGUCUGAGAGUAAAGCCAAGAAGAUAGAAAUCAAGGAUGUGGAUGGGCAGACCCUGAGUAAGCUGAUUGACUAUAUCUAUACGGCUGAGAUUGAGGUGACUGAAGAGAACGUCCAGGUGCUGCUCCCAGCCGCCAGCUUGCUACAGCUCAUGGAUGUUCGUCAGAACUGCUGUGACUUCCUGCAGUCACAGUUGCAUCCCACCAAUUGCCUGGGCAUCCGCGCCUUUGCAGAUGUGCAUACCUGCACCGACCUGCUGCAGCAGGCCAAUGCUUACGCAGAGCAGCACUUUCCAGAGGUGAUGCUGGGGGAAGAAUUUCUCAGCCUAAGUCUGGACCAGGUGUGCAGCUUGAUAUCCAGUGACAAGCUGACCGUUUCUUCAGAAGAGAAGGUAUUUGAAGCUGUGAUUUCAUGGAUCAAUUAUGAGAAAGAGACCCGUUUAGAGCACAUGGCAAAACUGAUGGAACAUGUCCGUCUCCCUCUCUUGCCAAGGGAUUACCUCGUUCAGACAGUUGAAGAAGAAGCUUUGAUAAAGAAUAACAACACCUGUAAGGACUUCCUCAUCGAGGCCAUGAAAUACCAUCUGCUCCCUCUGGAUCAGAGGCUCUUGAUUAAAAACCCAAGGACCAAGCCCAGGACUCCAGUCAGCCUGCCCAAGGUCAUGAUCGUGGUUGGUGGCCAGGCACCCAAGGCCAUCCGCAGCGUGGAGUGCUAUGACUUCGAGGAGGAUCGCUGGGACCAGAUUGCUGAGCUUCCCUCCAGGAGAUGCAGAGCAGGUGUGGUGUUCAUGGCUGGCCAUGUGUAUGCUGUGGGCGGGUUCAAUGGCUCACUGCGUGUGCGGACAGUGGACGUGUAUGAUGGGGUGAAGGACCAGUGGACGUCCAUCGCCAGCAUGCAGGAGCGCCGGAGCACGCUGGGUGCAGCUGUACUCAAUGACCUGCUCUAUGCCGUGGGGGGCUUUGAUGGCAGUACUGGCCUGGCGUCGGUAGAAGCCUACAGUUACAAGACCAACGAGUGGUUCUUCGUGGCCCCGAUGAACACGCGCCGUAGCAGUGUGGGCGUGGGCGUCGUGGAGGGGAAGCUGUAUGCCGUCGGGGGCUAUGAUGGGGCCUCUCGCCAGUGCCUGAGCACCGUGGAGCAGUACAACCCAGCGACCAAUGAGUGGACAUACGUGGCGGACAUGAGCACUCGCCGCAGCGGCGCAGGGGUUGGGGUCCUCAGUGGGCAGCUGUAUGCCACAGGUGGGCACGAUGGGCCCUUGGUGAGGAAGAGUGUCGAGGUUUACGAUCCUGGAACAAACACCUGGAAGCAGGUGGCAGACAUGAACAUGUGCCGACGCAAUGCAGGGGUCUGUGCAGUGAAUGGGCUCCUAUAUGUGGUUGGAGGGGAUGAUGGAUCCUGUAACCUGGCUUCGGUGGAGUACUACAAUCCUGUUACUGACAAGUGGACGCUGCUGCCAACCAACAUGAGCACAGGGCGGAGCUAUGCAGGUGUUGCUGUGAUUCACAAGCCCUUGUGACCCCAACUCCCACUGCCAGGAGGUGGAGGAAGGGAGGGGUGCUGCCUGUGACUCAGCGCAGCAGGACCACGCUGGUUGGAUGCCACUCGCUGCCGGAGUCUGCAGUGGGGCGGGAACUGCCCUCCUCUAACUUGGCAGUAUUGUCUGGGUGGGAAGACAGUGAUUGACUCCUGGCUCCCAUGAGGUGUUUUGUCCCCUGCCCUGAGCAGUGGGUUCCUGAUAGUUCUGGCUGCACCUUUGAGCACUGUGUGUGUGUGUGUGUUUCUAUAGGGGUAUUAGAGAAGCUGGAACUUUUGUGUGUAUGUGUGCAAGAGUGUGUGUGUGUACAUGCGUGCGCAGAACCUUUUGCUUCACUAAGUUGGAGGAUGAUGACAGUCUACUCCAUUUCUGUACUACUGAUCCUUCUGCUGUGCUAAAAAACAAGUCACAGAAGCCUCUCUUCUGGAUUGGCCCAUGGGGACCUUGAGACUACUAAAGCUGCUGUCUACUGGAAGUGCAGUUGGACACACCAGGAAUGUCCAGAAAUGACCAGGCCUAUGUACUGGCCUAGACCACUGGCACUGUCUGCAGAGGAGCGGGGCUCCCCUGAAGCUGCCCUGCGUCCUCUGUGUGCUAGAACUAGGACCGUGGGUUCUCCAGCCCCUCAGCUGGGUGCUCUUCCCUCACCUCUUCUCCCGGAAGUUCUCGUCAGAACUGCCUGGUCUCUGGGCCCCUGGUCAUUGAUGUAAUGGAUUCCAAGUUUGGAAGAUUUUGUGUCUCUUCAGCUGAGAAAACUAGCUCUUCAGUGAAGCACUGAAUAACACACUGGAGAAAAAAAAUACGUGGGAGACAAAAGCAACAAAACCAAGUGGUAGGGCUUUAGUCCUUGCCCAUAGUGGUCUCAGAGAAGACCCUACUUCUGGUUUUUCCCGGGAUAGGACAGCCUCUGUUUAUACUUAUUAUCCAGAUUUAAUUAUUCAGAGCAUCCCAUUUUACUCUCAUAAGUGUUCUGGUUUGGUGGUGAUGUAAAAGGUCACCCUACCUCCAAACCCAAAGAUAGGUUUUUCCUUGCACUGGUUGGAGUCAUGUAUGAUUCACAUGGACACGGAUGACUUUAAAGGGGUGUACUGGCUGGCCCUGGCCCUCAGCCGUCUGUGAGGAAGGUUCUAGUCUGUCUGACACCCUUGUCCUCCUUUCCUGUACUCUCCCCCUUUCCAGGCCUAUACUGUCUCUCCAACCCUCAGAAAUCCCACUCCUUGCUUCCAUGAGGGAGGACAUGGUGGUAGGCCCUGGAUGUGUGAUGUCUCUCAGGAAUACUUGCAUUUUGAGAGAGGAGCUUGAUGAAAGCUUUGCUAAUUCACAGGUGAAAAUGAUUAAUGACAGAACUUCAGACAUCUGGAGAGGGGUAUUUGAGGGCGCACAGACUCACUUGCAUUAAAAAAAAAAAAGGAACCUUAAGGCUGUACUGUUCCUGAACUAUCAAGUUGCUUAUAUUGGAAUUUCCAGCAUAAGGAGGGGAGAUCUUAUGUCUGGAGCAGCCUCACAACUUUGGGGGCUGGGAUUUACCCUUCCUGCUGUCAGAGUCCACCCUUAGGGAGCCAAGGAGCUUUAUGAACAAUGACGUUGGACUUCUGAUACAACUGGGCCCCUUCUAAGCAGAUGUUGCAGGAGGCUGGCAUUCUCCCCACUUCACCCCAAGUUAGAAACCCAGGACCCUCCCCAGCGAGUUGGCCACUCUGUGUAUUUACUGUAUAUUUAUUGUGCACGAACCACUCAACUCUCUUGAGGGGGAAGCAUCUCCUUAUGAUGUUGAGCAGAUAUUGUAUCAGCGAGAUGUUUGGAGAACACCAAGGCACCCAGGGUCUUUAGCAGCCUUGGGAAGAGGCUGAAAUAUCCAGCUUUUAUGGACCUAGAAGAAUAGUUCCAAAGAGCCAAAGAGAUCAAGACAUGCUGUUAGCUGGACGUUCCACCCUUACCUGGCACAGAGGUGGCUGUGGUUUCAGAGCUCUGCCUGACUCUGGAUCAGAAGCUGAAGGAAUGUGCUUUCUGUUCCAAAUGUUGUUCCCCUCCCUCUCUGAGGAAGGUUUGGGACUUUGUUUCAGGCUGUGUGUGUGUGCGUGUGUGUGUGUGUUGGUGAUAAGGUUGGGGGUUGGGGUCUGAUGCGUGCUGUCACACAGCUCCUGAUUUCAGAUGAAACGUGAAGUACCUCCCAACACUUAGAAGCUGAACUUUCAUGCUUAUCAUGCUUGUGUAGGGGAGGCUACUGUUCAUGGUCAUCUUCCCACAGAGUGUCCCCUCCAUGAGAGCUAGCCAGUAUGUUUUCUCCUUUUGGAUUUUUGCUGUUGGCCCCUUCUUACGUCUCCCUGCCCAGGAAGCACUGCCCCUGUUGGCAGUGUUCUGAGGCUGUGUUCAUCUCACCUCCAUGCGUCCUUUCUCACGGGGACUAGAACACUGGUACGUCAUCACCAAAAAGCCAAUGUGCUAUAUCUGCCCACAGAUGCCAUCCAAAACUAGCUCUCCCUUUACCACCAUAUGAUUUUCUCCCUACAGUGGGCACAACAGACUUAUUUUCAAGUCUGUGCUGGUCAUGUGGUAGGUGAGCCCCCCAUACCCCUAUUCUGAUGGCCACAACUGCUUGUGAAUGCCGCUUUGCCAGUGGUGUAUCUAAAGUCUGAUCACAGUAAUGAAAUGGAAUUGCCGCUCAAGGUUAGAAGCAGCUUAGACUCUGCUUGGAUACUGAUUUGGACAACAGAGAAGUCAGACUCUGAAUUCCAAAGUUAUUUCUCUUAAGUACCCAAUGGCAUCUCUCCAUCUAAAAAGUUGCAGUAUUAUGCAAAUGAAAGUGACCUCAUUUUCUGCUAUGCAAUAAGAAUACUUAAUUCUUUUUUGUGACUAACCAGUUGCAAUAUCCCCUAAGAUGCUUUCUGAGCUGUCUUACUUUGAUAUCUGUUGUGUAAUGUUUGUAUCUUCCUGAGCCAGAUGCUUUCAAAGAUUGCCUUUUUAUAAAACUGAAGCUAUAGCUUUCAGGCUAAAGUUUUAAUGUAGAUAUUUUUAUAAAAUAAUUUUUCACAAUAUUUGAAUUGCUUUUUAUUAUCCAUGAUAAUGAAAUGUUAUGUUCUAUUGUGUCAUUGUCUCUAACAUCAUUCAUGCCUGUAGGUAUUUUCCCUUUGUUUCUCGCCUUACCCAAUCUGAUUUUUCAAUAGCUCCAGGCUGACUUGGAGGUUUCUUUCUUAACACCACAUGCAAGGGAGAUUGCAAAAAAAACCACACAAAUCACUGGUGUUUCUUCAGUUGUUUAGGGUUUAACAUUAAGCCUGAAGCAGCACUUACCCAUCUAUGAUGCCUGUCUGCUUUUUCUGGAGACAGGCUUUCAGCAGGGGUGAGGCAGGGUGAGUCUGGUUGGCCCAUCUCCUGGCAUCUCUCACGGUCUGGCCUGGAGUUUGGCAUGGAGAAGCCCAGGGAAAGGCCUGCCCUUCAGCAUAUACUCCAAGGAGGUUCUAGGCCCAGCUGACUAGUCUUCAUUCUUUCCUAUCUCCUUGUUCUUCAGAGCUUCAGGACUAAGCCCUUUGCUGCUGGAUGAUAUAUGUCUCUUGAGAAAACAUCUUGUCAAGGAACUUGAAAAGAGUGGUCAUGGUCCCUGCUAAGAAUGUGAUCAGCAUGUGCUUUGCAGAUGUCCAUACUACACUUACAACUUACUAGUCUCUUGAGCUGUGUCUACACUCCAGGCUCGAUUUUGUGUAUUUAUCUGCCAAUUAGUCUCAUUUAAAGAAUCUUUAUUAUUUUUGGGACAGGUGCCAUUUGACUUGCCUCUGCGCUCCCCAUUCGUACCUUGAUGGAUCAAGUUGGGAAGCUGAGCAAACUCAUAAUCCAAUUAGUUGGAGUUUUUCUGUUUGCCUAGAGAAGCGAGGAGAUUAGAAUGUAUUUUUUUUUAAGUUUUUGCACUAUUUAGAGUCCUAAGCCCCUCAUGUUCAGCCGUGCUGUGUGUCUAUUGACCAAGCAGGAGAGCUCGCAGCACUUCCGACAUUUGGGAGUGUCAGAGGCCUCUUCUGUAGUGGGUAAUCACCACCUCAGGGCCCCUGUGCAGCUCUUGUCAUGGGGCUCGUGAUUUACAGAUUCAGCAUUGGCCAAGGAAGUAAUGCAUGGGACUGGAGCAUUUGGAGCAACAAAAGUGUCCCAGUGCUACGUUCUCACCUUUGGUUAUGAGAUUUCAAAUUAUCUUACCCCCCUUUCAGUGGCAAUAAGAACCUUUGUUGGACUUCUUGUUUAAUUCAUACAUAACAUGUAAAAUACUUUCUUUGAAAGCAAAUUCAAGGCACUGAAUCUGUAUGUCUGUGUGGGUGCUGUGUCCGUGUGGCUGUCCAUUGGCAGGCAGACUUGAUCCCUGACGCCCUGUACACCACACUGCGUGAGUCAGGUCCUUGAUCGGGUGUUCUCUGCUUGGAUGGUAGGAACCACAGAGCUUGUGAAACACUUGUCACCUGCUCCAUCGGUUACAGCGCUGGCUGAGGAAAACAGUUCCUCACAUGUAUUCUUUUAACAGGACUCGUGUUCUAGUUUCCUGUAAUUUAUGUUCCUUUAAUUUUAAUAAAAGCUGAACUGUGA